GUUUAAUUGUAAAUAUAGUCGCGAGCAGAAAAUGUGCUAACCUAGGCAAUGUUAUAUGAAUAUUUGGUAAAAUAACUUAUUGCAUGUGGUAGAUUACUACAUCAUAAUGCAGAAGUCUUGCGAUUACGAAAUUCAGCUUCCUUUUGGGCCACCUCCAGUUUUGCCAGAUGUUGAGAAACAGUUGAAGGAAUACUUGUUGUGUCCUGACCACCUCCCAAUUCAUGAUUAUAAAGAGGCUCAGAAGUAUUGGCCCAGAGUACCAAAUCCCAGGUCUCUGUAUCACUUUGAUGUUGCACCCUUGGGAACCACACUGAAGGUAGAGCGAGAUCCCACAACAGGGAAACUUCUCAAGUUUCGGGAAGUACCUCUUGAUGAUAUGGGCCACACAGCUAAAAACUCCAUGUCUCUGCGACGUGCUCCUGGACCACCAAGUGAAUCAAUAAGAGGCAGUUCUACCAACUAUCCAUUCUGGCCAGGGGGAUUUUCUGAACUGUUACCACUAGAUAAAAAUGUGGAUGGAGAUGCUGAAGUGGAUUUUGUAAAUAAUUUAUUAACAGUACCACCUGGUUUUGAAAGGGGAAUUCUGUUUAAAGCAGAUGGAAGGACGCCACUAAAAGAAAAUAAAGCGCAGGAACCACUUGGUUCAGAUGCUGAGUCUUCUGUUCCUGAAAUAAAACUGGAAGAGAAAGUGGAGACAUCAGUUGUGAAUAUCAUGUCCUUAAUUAAACAAGAAGAGGAUCUUCUUGGAUUGUGGCAGAAAGAAACAACAAAAGCCCAAAAGAAGAACACAGAAAAUAUUUCAUUACAGAAUUUAGAAGUGGAUAUUGAUGCAGAUGUAGCAGAAGUAGUUCCUAAGGAAGAUACAAUUCCAGUUCUAAAGAUAACAGAGACUGCUCCCCUGAAGCAGCUAACACGAACACAGUGGGCUGAAGAGUUGGACAUAUCCCAUCCUGUGACAGAUUUUGAAAAGAAAGUACCAGCUAUGGCAAAGACAUGGCCGUUUGAACUAGACAUUUUCCAGAAAAAGGCAAUUUUGAAGUUGGAAGACCAUGCCAAUGUCUUUGUAGCUGCUCAUACAUCUGCUGGUAAAACUGUAGUGGCAGAAUAUGCCAUCGCUCUUUCAAAAAAACAUAUGACAAAAUCUAUUUAUACAUCUCCAAUCAAGGCACUUUCAAAUCAGAAAUACCGUGACUUCAAAGAAACUUUUGGAGAUGUGGGACUCAUAACAGGAGACUUCCAGGUGAACCAUAAUGCUCAGUGUCUGAUCAUGACCACUGAAAUUCUUCGUUCCAUGCUUUACUGUGGCAGUGAAGUAAUUCGAGAUCUUGAGUAUGUUAUAUUCGACGAGGUUCACUACAUCAAUGAUUCAGAGAGAGGUCAUGUGUGGGAAGAAGUGCUGAUUUUGCUCCCAGACCAUGUAAGCAUUGUAAUGCUUAGUGCAACUGUUCCCAACACCCUGAUGUUUGCUGAUUGGGUGGGAAAGAUAAAGAAGAAAAAAGUAUUUGUUAUUACUACAUUGAAACGGCCUGUCCCACUACAGCAUUACCUUUACACAAGUGCUGGAGGCGCAUCAAAACGUGGUCAAUAUCUCAUAGUUGAUAAAAAAGGAGAAUUCAGUGAAUGUGGCUAUGCUACUGCAAAGAAAAAUGAUCCCAAGGAAGAAAAAACACAUUUGACUUCUAAACAAGAAGCAACCUUAUGGGUGCAAUUUCUGUACCACCUAAAAAAACUAGACAAGUUGCCUGUUGUAGCUUUCACUUUAUCAAGAAAUCGCUGUGAUCAAAAUUCAAAGAAAUUGACCUCUUUGGAUUUAACGACAUCAAGUGAGAAGUAUUUCAUACUUAAGUUCUUUAACAGAAGCAUACAAAACUUAAAACAGCAAGACAGAAUUCUCCCUCAGAUUGUGAAACUUAAAGAUCUGCUGAGACGAGGAAUUGGAGUACAUCACAGUGGUAUCCUGCCAAUUCUGAAGGAAAUAGUGGAGAUGUUAUUUCAGAAAGGAUGGGUUAAGCUACUCUUCGCAACCGAAACUUUUGCCAUGGGUGUCAACAUGCCUGCCCGAACAGUUGUGUUUGAUUCCAUUGUGAAAUUUGAUGGUUUUGAAAUGAGAACAUUGAAGCCUGCUGAGUACAUCCAGAUGGCAGGACGAGCAGGCAGAAGAGGACUCGAUAAAACAGGAACUGUUAUCAUCUUGUGCAAGGGAUCUGUUCCAGAAAACACUGUUCUCAAGGAAAUGAUGCUUGGUAAACCAUCAGAAUUGGAAUCAAAAUUUAGGCUUACAUACUCAAUGAUUUUGAACCUGUUCCGAGUGGAGAAGAUAUCAGUAGAAGGCAUGAUGUCACACUCAUUCAAAGAGUUUGGUUUCUUAAGUCACCAGAAAGUAUAUGAGAAGGAACUGAAAACUGUAAAAGAGAAGAUAAAGGAAAUGUAUUCAAACACUCAGCAACAAGAACCUCAUUGGAAGACACUGUCAGACUUCUAUGACAUGGCAGCAGAAUACCUCCGAUUAUGGUCAGAUGUCCGAGCACACAUCUUGACACAUUUGAAAUAUGUGAAAGAACUAACACCAGGCAGGAUACUGUUGAUUAGCCACAAGGAACAUAUCAAUAAGCUUGGAAUCCUAUUGAAUGUAGACACACGCAAAAAAAAGAUGCAAUCAUCUGACAAAGAUAAGUCAAAAGAACAAUAUGAACAUGAUCCAUUGUGGUACAAGAUGCUUGGUCUAGCAAGAAAAAAGAAAAUUUUUAUACCAGAUGGAGUUGGUGGACAUACUGUUCUGACCAUGCCUGCCAGUGAUGUAAUAGACAUUGUGAAGCACAAGGUCAGUGUAGACACAAACUUGGUUAUUCAAGACUGGGAGAAGAGGCAGAUACCAAGGUUUAGAGAUGAUCCACCUGGACAAACAUGCAGUCAGGCUAUUCAAAAACUGACUGAGUUCACUCAGAAUGUGUCAUCAGGCAUUGUGUCUCUGGAAUUUGUGAGCCAAUCCAAAGACAUACUUUUGAAGGACUUUGAGCAGCUGCAGAAUCUAGACAAGUUGGACGUUCUAGAGCAGAAGUUGAAUGACUGCACCAGUACAGAUAUUGCCAACUUUGAACAACUGUUUGAAGAAGUAUUCAGGUGUAAACAACUGGAAGAGAGGAGUAAGCAUCUGCAGUUCAAGAAGUCAUAUAAAAGUUUAUCAUCAUAUCAGGAGUUCCAGGAGAGAGUACUUGUACUUCAAAAGCUUGGGUACAUAGACUCAAAGAACUCAGUCCAGUUGAAGGGACGAGUUGCAUGUGAAAUGGGCAGUCAUGAGCUGAUGAUCACUGAAGUGGUACUGCAGUGCAUCCUGGCUGAUAAGCAACCAUCUGAGAUUGCUGCUUUGCUGUCAUGCCUUGUUUUCCAGCAGAGGACAAGAGAGGAACCAGAUAUACCAGGCAUGCCACUCACACUUCGAAAGGGUGUAGAACAGAUUAAAGAAAUAGCAGAAAAUUUGAAAUAUGUGGAGAUACAAUGUGGCAUACAGCCAGGUCGUGAUGAACCCAACUUUGGACUAGUGCAAGUUGUGUAUGACUGGGCUCAAGGAAAAGCUUUUUCUGAGAUUAUGGAGGUAAAUGAAGAUGUCCAGGAAGGUAUCAUUGUGCGCUGUAUUCAGCAGUUAAAUGAAACUUUACGUGAUGUGAAGAAUGCUGCUCACCUAAUUGGAGAUCAGAUACUUAAACAGAAGAUGCAGGAAGCAUCAGAUGCUAUCAAGAGAGACAUUGUAUUCGCAGCUAGUCUCUACACAAGUGAAGAAAAUCCUAAACUAAGGCAGAUAUUAGAUGACUGUGAAGAUGAAAGUCUUCACCCGAUUGGUGAUGAGUGAAACCAGGGAAAUUCAAGAGAUGAAAACAAAACAUGUUAAAUGAGAUUAUCGAUGAUGAACCAGAAUGUGCAUGUAUUACGAAUUAUAAUUACACAAGAUAAGAUAUUGGCUUGUUCUAACUAUAAUGUAAAAAAUAUACAAUUACAAAAAUUCACAGCACACUAGUUGCAGAACACGGCUGGAUGACCAGGAUUUUUCUUAGCCCCAUGUCCAAACUGGUUUUGGGGUCCACCCAGCCUUCUGUCCAGUGGGUAAUUGGGGCCCUUUUCCAGGGAUAAAGCAGCUAGGGUAUGAAGCUGACCACUACCUCCAUCUAGUAUCAAGGUGAAAGAGUGGAGCUUUUCCUCAACUGCACCAUAAAUGUUCAUGGUGCAGUGCUUAGUAAGUACCAAUAAAUACAUGUGUCAUUAAUUUAAAAAAACAUUAAGAACACACUAAAUAAACACGUGUAAAUGCCAUUUUCAUUUCUUAAACAGCUGCAUUAGUCAUCUGUAAAGGAGAAAAUAUUGGAGUAAAAGUGACUGCAAAUUUGCUAGUGCAGUUUGCUGGGGAUAUCAGCAUCUCAUUUUUGCAAAUAAA